AUGCCGUCUCAAAUACCUACUUCAGCGCCUCGCUACAGCUUCAUGGAUGACUAUAGCGAGGGUGCGCAUCCAGCCCUUCUUAAAGCCUUGAUCGCAAGCAACACAACGCAAGAAAACGGCUACGGGGGCGAUACAUACUGCGAUCUUGCGCGCCAAAGAAUCCGUCGCCAUCUUGGUCGAGACGACGUAGGCGUUUUCUUCGUGCCCAGCGGAACAUCUGCCAACGCCAUCUCCAUCGACGCCUGCCUCCGACCUCACGAAGCUGUUAUUGCCGCCAGCUCCGGCCACAUCGUCACAAGAGAGACGGGCGCAGUCGAAGCCAGCGGCCAUAAGAUCAUAAACGUCGCGCCCAAGAAUGGAAAGCUUACUCCAGAGAGUAUCGAGCGUGCGUUAGACGACAACUGGCAUUUUCCUCACAUGGCCAAACCUCGCUUGGUGUAUAUCUCGAACGCUACCGAGAUCGGCACUAUAUAUACGAGAAACGAACUCGCAGCGAUUAAACAAGUCUGCGAAAAGAACGGCCUCAUAUUGUUUCUCGAUGGCGCUCGUAUCGGCACUGCCCUUGCAUCCAAGGCCAACGACAUGACGUUAGCGGAUAUUCUUGAACUGACUGAUAUGUUCUGGAUCGGCGGCACCAAAAACGGGGCUCUUCUUGGCGAGGCCGUUGUUGUCAAGGACGCACGGCUAGCCUCUGAAUUCGAAUUCUAUGUCAAGCAGCACGGCUCCUUACUUGCAAAGGGGCGUGUAAUCGGUGCCCAGUUCGCCGAGCUUUUCGAAGGCGACCUGUACUUUGACCUCGCGGCAAAGGCCAAUCUUGCAGCUGAGACGCUUUCAAGCGGAAUUGCACACGCCGGAUUCUCGGUAUACGCUGCGACGGAGACAAAUCAAGUGUUUGCCGUGUUGCCUUUAGAUUUAAUCAAUGUGUUGAAGGAGAGUUUUAGUUUUUAUGUUUGGGAGAAGUGUGGUGAUGAUGAGGCGGUUAUUAGGCUGUUGACGACGUGGGCGACUGAUUUUACGCAGCUGGAGAGGUUCAUUGAGGUAGUGCAUGCUUGGGGAGCAUAA